AUGAAGAGAUGCAUCACUCCGACGGAGAUGAAUAGAUGCUCGACUCAGACGCCGACGCUGACCACCGAUCGAGCAACUGGCAACAGUCGCAACCACACAACCGCAUUCCUGCUUCGACCACAGGAAUGCCUGCCGGUACGAAGAUGGAAUGCCAUCGACAACGGCCGUCAAGCCGCUGACCAGGAUUCAGGCUGCUUGAUGGGUCAGCGACACCGAUCCCAGCGAGAGGCGUCGGUCAAGAAACGAGCUGUGGCCUCAAUUACAAGAACCUACAUCAUCCAACAAGUCGGGACGACGCCGGCGCGAUGCAACUCGGCCAUGGGACCACAUGGAUCAAUCGUCAUCAAGGAUGGUGUUCGUGGGCUUACCGAGUACUUGACUUCGACAGCUGCUUGUGACAAGAAAAUUCACUUGAUUCAGGCCUUCAACAUUUUCCUCAACCACUAUUCCAAGCCUGCUGGUAACCUCGCCAGCAUUAGCGUCCGUGUCGCCGCCAACCGCGUACUGGUCAAUGUCAAGGUCAGCCACGGCGCUUUCUACGACGCUGGAGCCUAUCGCUAUGCGAUCAAGUCCGCGGACCCUGACGCCGCCGGCAAAAAGCGAACUCAGAUCGUCCGACCCCUUCUUGAGACCCGGAGUGUUCAAAAGACUACUUGGGCUUUCUUCAAAGCCUGGGACGAGGAGAACCUGCGGCCGAAACGGCCACCCAGCGACCUAGAUAGGUCGUACCCUCAGCAGGCACCCGACUUGCUCAAAGACGGCGAUGCUUUGAUUGUCAUCCGUUUCCCUAAUGGCGAGAAUUAUAUCGACUGCGAUGGCAACGAGGUCAACCCUAUUCUCGCGCACGAGUUUCCCGGCGACGAGGUGGUUAUCGCUGUCACCUACCGCUCUGAGGGCGAGGAUGGGCCCGCCCUGCUCCAUCAUCGCAGUUAUCUCGCCGGUCGUCCUAACGGAACCCUGGCAAGGUGA